AUGUCUCCCCCCUCCCUGACCAAGCCCAUGCCUGAGUGUUGGGGUCACCGCGGGGCUUCUUCCCGCUUCCCCGAGAACACGCUCGCCAGCUUCGAAGCCGCCAUUCGUGACGGCGCCGAGGGUAUUGAGAGCGACGUCCAUGUAUCCGUAGACGACGUCGUGGUGAUGUUCCAUGACCCUUCAUUGGACAGGGUCACGGAUGGUUCGGGGUUAAUCCGUGAGAAGCUCUGGUAUGGCGAGGGAGGGAUGCACCAGCUCCGGACAGUCAAGGAACCCAAACAGGCUCUCGCCACAUUCGAGGAGACCAUCAAGCUGCUCAUGAAGCCGGAGAACAGCCAUGUCAAGUUCAACGUCGACGUCAAGGUGCAGAACAAGCCCGCGCACCUCUUCAAGCUCAUCCACUCCGUCAUCUCAUCCCAGCCCGAUUGGGAGACCGCGCUCGCGCCGCGCAUCCUGCUCGGCCUCUGGCACCCGAGCUUCCUCCCGCACGCCAAGGCGCACUUGCCGUACUGCCGUCGGUCGUACAUCGGUUACAGUAUCUCGACCGCGCGCAAGUUCUUCUGGGAUAGCUGCGACGUGUUCUCGAUCAACUUCGCCGCGCUUGCGCUUGCGGAUGGCGCGAAGUUCCGCAAAGACUGCAAGGCCGCGGGGAAGCAGAUCAUGGCGUGGACCGUGAACGACCCGGCACACAUGGUCGAGGCUGCCCGGUGGGGUAUUGACGUGAUCAUCACGGACACUACCAAAACCUGGCUUGACCUCAGGUCCGCACUCCAGGUGGACUACGACAACAUCGCUGCUCAGCACAGUCGGAUGUUCUACUGGACGAAUGUGCAGUUCUACACGCCUAUGCUCGCCCUUCUGCGUCGCCGGGACCAUAUAUACCUCGAAGGCUACGCUGGCCCUUUCCGCAAGGUCGACACGCUCGAGCCCGCUGCACUCGCGGUUUCUUAA